AUGGCUUCUACCCAUGUUAUUUUUCUCUCCUUCCUCCACUUUCUAUUGCUUCUCUCCUACCUCAAUCAUGGUGAAUGCAGUGGGCUAACUAGUUGCCAGAAAACAUGGUGUGUAGCAAAGGCUUCAGCUGAGGAUAGAGAUCUGGACGACAUAAUCCGGUUCGCGUGCAGUGAAACCAACUGCGACCCGAUCCAAGCCGAUGGACCGUGUUUCGACCCGAACACCCGAAUUUCACACGCUUCAGUGGCCAUGAAUCUCUACUACCAAUCUAGAGGAAGGAACCUUUGGAACUGCUACUUCAAUGGUUCUGGGCUUAUUGUACUCACUGACCCAAGUUAUGGAAGCUGCAAGUAUGCUUAAGGAGCUGUGGAUUCUCCUAGAUGAGCAAGAACUUGAGUUUAAUCUCAUAUAUAUUAGCCUACUUGUUUAGUUUUUGU